CUGCGUGGCUGAGUUACACUCAACAGGAAAGCCCUGGCUGUGGCAUUCCCGGGCCGGAGCAGCCCAGCAGGGGGGUUGCCGCAUGCCCCACAGCGGCUCGGGGCCCAGAACCCGCCCCCGGGAACAGGGGUAUGAUCCCCCCGUGCACACUGACACGUGCUCCCUCUGGAUCCUCUCUCUCCCCUUUCCCCCUUUCAUCCAUCCCGUCGGGCAGGGACGCACCCUGCGAGCUGAGCCCGCGCCAGCCCCACUGCACCCCCAGCCCUCGGUUCGGGGGGGCCAGUCUGCCGUCUCCCCUGAAGGAGCUGCCUGGUGUCUGCGGCUGGGACUGGGGCCGGCCAAGCAGCACCAUGUCCCUGAACCCCCCCACCAGCAACGACGCCUGCCUGAGCAUCGUCCACAGCCUGAUGUGCCACCGGCAGGGCGGGGAAAAUGAGACCUUCGCCAAACGGGCGAUCGAGAGCCUGGUGAAGAAGCUGAAGGAGAAGAAGGACGAGCUGGACUCGCUCAUCACGGCCAUCACCACCAACGGUGCCCACCCCAGCAAGUGCGUCACCAUCCAGCGCACCCUGGACGGGCGGCUGCAGCCGUCCCCCUGCCCGGCUCCCCCUCUCUCCGCCCAGGUGGCCGGCCGCAAGGGCUUCCCCCACGUGAUCUACGCCCGGCUCUGGCGCUGGCCCGACCUGCACAAGAACGAGCUGAAACACGUCAAGUUCUGCCAGUUCGCCUUCGACCUGAAGUACGACAGCGUCUGCGUGAACCCCUACCACUACGAGCGCGUGGUGUCGCCAGGCCUGGGUCUGAGCAUCCAGAACACAGCACCCCCUGCCCGCCUGGUGAAGGAGGAGUUUGUCCAUGACUGUGUCCAGAUGGAGGUGCCCACGGGGCUGGGCUCCCCCACCAGCGACCACGGCGCGGGGGCCAAGCUCCCACCCCGGGGGAUGCCCCCCGCCGAAUCCUACCACCAGCCACUGCCCCCCCUCCAGCUGCCCGAGCCCCCCCGCGCCCCCGUAAACAUCUACCCGGCCCUGCCCAUGUCACCCACGGCAGUGGCCCCCGGGGGCCCCCUGUUGUCCAUGGCACAUGGCGAGGGACUGCAGCAGAUGGCGCCCACCCCACCCCCAGCCCCCCCAGCCUCGCAGCAGAACGGCUACCCCGCGCCCCCCAAGCAGUCCUACCACAACACGACAGCCAGCUGGACGGGCAGCAGCACAGCAGUCUACACCCCCAGCCUGGGGGGCCAGCAGCCCAUCCCCCCGCCGCCCCCUCCACCACCGCCGCAGCAGAACGGACGGAGCCACCCGCAGCCCCCGCUCCAUCACCCCAACCACUACUGGCCCCCGCACCAUACCGCGGCUCCCUACCAGCAGCCAGUCUCCAGCCACCCCGGGCCGGAGUUCUGGUGCUCCAUCGCCUACUUCGAGAUGGACGUGCAGGUCGGGGAGAUCUUCAAGGUGCCGUCCAGCUGCCCCGUGGUGACGGUGGACGGCUACGUGGACCCCUCGGGGGGCGACCGCUUCUGCCUGGGGCAGCUCUCCAACGUGCACCGCACGGACGCCAGCGAGCGGGCCAGGCUGCACAUCGGCAAGGGGGUGCAGCUGGAGUGCCGGGGCGAGGGCGACGUCUGGAUGCGCUGCCUGAGCGACCACGCCGUCUUCGUGCAGAGCUACUACCUGGACCGGGAGGCCGGGCGCGCCCCGGGCGACGCCGUGCACAAGAUCUACCCCGGUGCCUACAUCAAGGUGUUCGACCUGCGGCAGUGCCACCGCCAGAUGCAGCAGCAGGCGGCCACGGCACAAGCGGCAGCUGCGGCACAGGCAGCGGCGGUAGCGGGAAACAUCCCGGGGCCCGGCUCCGUGGGAGGCAUCGCACCGGCUGUUAGCCUCUCUGCUGCCGCCGGGAUCGGCGUGGACGACCUGCGGCGCCUCUGCAUCCUGCGUCUGAGCUUCGUGAAGGGCUGGGGGCCGGACUACCCCCGCCAGAGCAUCAAGCACACCCCCUGCUGGAUCGAGGUGCACCUGCACCGCGCCCUGCAGCUGCUGGACGAGGUGCUGCACACCAUGCCCAUGGCCGACCCCGGGCCCGUCAACUAGUGGGGCGCCGCCCGGCCACGGGGCUUCCAGCCUCUGCUUUAAAGGGCCGGUGCUGCCUUCAAUCCGUGAGCGUCCAUGGGGCCUUAUCUUACCAUGUGGGGUACCAGGACUCCCCCUCCCCCACGAGCGUGCCCCUCCCACUGAGCCCUGAGCCGGCUGCCACCCCGAGCCAAAGCGAGCCGGCCCCAUCGGCGCGUCCCGGCUGCAGGGAGUCUCUGGGCUCGGUCGAGACUCUAACAAGGCAGCGACUGCCCAGAUCUGCUGGUCCCCUCUGGGCUCUGCCCCAGCUCGCUCUGGGGGCCAGGACUCCUGGGUUCUCCUGGGGGCUGGCUAGCCUGCUGGGUCUCUUCCAUCUCUGUGAGCUAGGAGGCGUUUCAGCCUUCCCUCCCCUGCUCCAUCACCCACCCCAGCCCUCGGGUGACACGUCCUCCUUGCCAGCCCCUUUGCCCAGCGCUCGGCCAGGCGCUGCCCUGCGGGGAGGGGUUAUGGGCGGCCGCUCUCCCCCCCAUUAAACCCCUCCCGGGCGCACUCACUUCUUGGGGUGGUUUGAUUUAAAUUGUAAUAAAAAGCCAAAUAACUAGGGCCCUACCGAAUUCACAGCCGUGAAAAACGCGUCCCGGACCGUGAAAUCUCGUCCCCCCGUGAAAUCGGGUCAUUGUGUGCUUUUACCCCAGGCGAUAGAGAUUGCACAGGGACACCAGCGUUUCUCAGAGUGCGGCUCCUGACCCAGAAUGGCGUUGCAGGGGGGUGUCACAAGGUUAUUUUAAGGAGGUCGCGGUAUUGCCACCCUCACUUCUGCGCUGCUGCCUUCAGAGCUGGGCGGCCGGAGUGCAGCAGCUGCUGACUGAGGGCCCAGCUCUGCAGGCAGCACCGCAGAGGUAGGGGUGGCAGUACCACAACCCCCCCCCCCCCCAACUCCUACAAGUACAACACUGUGAAAUUUCAGAGUUAAAUAGCUGAAAUCAUGAAACUUACGGUUUUUUAAAUCCUGUGACCGUGACAUUGACCACAAUGGCCGGUGAAUUCGGUAGGGCCCUACAAAUAACUAAAAGUACCAAAAAUCCCAGCCCGGCGCUGCUGGGGGCUGGCCGCCUUGGCCCACUGCAGGGAGCGCGGGUAACGGGGGAUCCUGUAGCCAGUGCCCCCUUGUGGCCAGCUCUGCAGGUGCCGCUCAUUGGCCUGCCCUGCAGUUCUGCCGUUCCCAGGAGCGCCCGAGGUCGGCUGGGUUUGCACCAUGGGGAGCGUCUCAGUCCUGGGCCAGGCGUGGGGAAGGAGCCGGGCAAGUGGCGUGCUUUCCUCCCAGGCACUGGGCCCUCUCUGAGCGGGAAUUCAGACACUUCAUGUGGCUUUUUUAAUUGUUAUUUAAAUGAUCUGGGUUUUUUCCA